AUGGGCGAUGAUGUUGCUAUUGGAACAUUUACUCCGGGACUGGCAACAAAUCCGGACCCCAAUGCAGACUACAUCGAUUUGGACAUGCUAAACAAACACAAUGUCAUCGAACACGACGGAAGUAUGUCUCGCCGCGACGAGUACUUCGAUCCAACGAACCCAUUUGACGCGGGAACAUUCAACCAAUUUCUUUCCUACUUUGGCAAUGCCCAAACCUUCGACGUUACGUCAAUAUCCAACGCUCGUGCCCGCCACAUUCAGCAGAUGAGCCUGCUCAACCCGACGAUGAAUGUUACCGAGGCGAGGGAGGGGACAUCGGCCGGAGAGUGUGCUUUCAUGCUAGCUGUCUGGGGCAGCCCGGACAACCCAGUAGCCAAGAGGUCUUACUUUGAGUAUUUCUUCCGGAACGAGAGAUUUCCAGUGGUGCUGGGCUGGUCCCCGACCAACACUGCGCUCACGAUUUCGACACUUUUGCAAAUUGCCCAGGACAUAACUGACGCUAGUCCUGCCGGUGUUCCGUUGACCUUCACGCCAAAAGCGGCUUCUUGA